UGUACGAUGCAUUGUGGGAUGAAUUAUUUCCUCCGUGACGUCACGGAGCCCUCGCUGCGUCCCCCUCUGUCGGAGCAGCUAGUGCACAAACACGAACGAGCGCACACUUGUUUGAAAGCGCUGCGAUUAAGGUAGCUGCCGAAUUGUCGGUUUGCUUGCGUGUAAAAUGUUCUGACUGAGGACUUAAGUUGUGCACAAGUUGUGUCGUUAUGCAUCCUAUCAGCGUGUCUAUUCCCUCUUUUCGCUCGGAAAACAACCACACCGAGAGGGGCUACACGCGGGCCAGAGCGGGACUGAUGGAAGGAAGUUCAACUGUCAUCGCCACGUGUUUCCUCCUGAUGGUUGCUGACACGUGUUUCGAAUUGAUGUGCUGAUGAACGGAAGGCAACAUGCUGUUGAGAAACGCUACAGUGAAUUCCAUUCCCUGCAUAAAAUGCUAAAGAAGAGCAUAAAACCACCUGAGAUCCCAUCCAAGCAUGUGAGGAACUGGGUUCCCAAAGUACUGGAGCAGAGAAGACAAGGACUCGAGCUCUACCUGCAGACUAUAAUUAUGGAGAAUGAGGUUCUUCCAAGGAUAUUCCUGGACUUCCUCAAUAUCCGGCAUUUCCCUUCACUGCCGAAGACUGACAGCUGUGGGUCAUUCGAUACAGACUCAAUGGAAUCAAGCAAACUUUCACACCAGCCCAUCGUGGUGUUUCUGAAUGACCCCUACCUGCUACCGGAUCCGCACGAUGCAUUUUCAAAUGUCGUGAUUGAAGGUGUCAUCCACGGAGUUUUCUACGCUGAUCUGCAGCCCAGGUAGAGCCACAAAAAAGGCGGAAAGAAGGACUGAAGAGUCAUGGAAAAACUGAACCUUAUUUUCAUAAAACACACUAUUUAAUUUUUUUUUUUGCUUCAACUUUAAUAUCAGCAUGGAUUUGAGGCAUUUGAAUCACAGUAAUCAAGUUUUGAGAGGGUGGAGCAGUAAAACAGUCACUUUUUUUUUAACAAUUUAUACUGUGAAAUAUUCAAAAUCACCUAGAAGUUAGAGAAGGGAGAUUUGUUUGACUGAAAUAUGAUGACUGAAGGACAUAAAAAGAGCCAGAUGGGAAAUGAAGCGUUUGUGGGGGAAAAAAACGUGGAGAGCAGAGAGGUGCCACUCCCUUUCAAAUACCAGCGCCCGGGUCACAGAGGACUUUAAAGGGACAUUGGGUUCAUUUUAAACCCUGCAGACUGACCUCACUUUGCUCUAGUUUGGUGCUAACGCCGAUGAGAUUGAUUUAUUUUCAUGAGUUUUGCCAAAAAGAAAACGUUCGUUAUUAAAGCACUUCACGGCCAGUAUGUGACACUAAUUCCAGUAAUAUCUCAGAUGCGAAGCAAAUAUGAAGUUUUGUGCAAUAUGAAAUCAAACACAUUGGCGCGCAGGUGCACCCGAUGGAAUUAUAACGUUGCAGUUUAAUUGAAAAAUCUGAACUCAUUUUCAUGCCUGAAAAAUAUUUUUCGUCAUAUUGUAUGUACAAUAAUAGAUGUCCUGGCAGCAGUCAAAGUGGUCAACUAUGAUCUGUGAAUUG